GGAUUAUCAAAUUCGAUUCAUUGUUUUGGAGUCGAGAUAUCACUACGCGCUGCCCCUAUUCCUUCUCAGAUCAACCUGCGGCAAUGGCUCGACGGUCUCAGUCGGUGCCUACAACCUCCUGCAUGUAUAUCAUCAAGAUCCUAGAGUUCCACGUUGUCGUAUAUAGCAGUCGGGACACGCAAUCGAGUUACCAAAACGACUCUCUCGAAGGCCAAACGCAUAGCGAAGCUAGACGUGCGUUCCUCUGUCGUCGGCGUCAGUCAACCAAAGAGCGUCAUCUCUGACAAAAGUCCGAAGAGGAAACGGCCACAAGAUCUCCCUGGUCUCCCGCCUAUCCAAGCCAGUAUUGAGAAAGGCGCGUCUUAACUUGCGAAGUUGUAGGCAGCGACUGGAUACAAGAAGCGGAGCGACAGUGUAUGCACAGCGCCAGUAUUGCCGUUCAGGCCGUCGUCAAGCCCUACCAAAAGAUCUCUGCUGCGGAUGAGGUUGACUAGAAGAUCCUCGCUUUCUUCGUUGCGCACAACAACACUACAGUCAAAAUCUUCGGCCACUCUGCGAAUUUCACUGCGUUCCUCUUCGCACUAUUGCGGAACUUCGUUAGGUGCUCAUCGCAUUGCAAAGUGCCUCGACAGAAGCAGACCUAUUUCCGGAAUUUCCUAGGCUCUGUUCCCAUCCGGGCGCCUAGAGGAUCGCGUGCUUCGCGUUCUCGCCUUCAAAUAUAGCGGACAUCUCCGCCCGGAAGAUCUCAAGCUGCAACGAGCUCGAGACCUUCCGGGCUUUUGUGCCUGUUGCACUUGCUACACGAUCGCCAUCGGUGCCUGUCUACGUUCCCGAUGCGUCGCCUCUAUCGAAGCGUCCUGCAGGAAUCGUCCGCCUUUUUGAAGGGCUGCGAGAUGUCCAGCGUACAGUAGAGAGGGUUCGAAAAGGCCGAUAGCAC